AUGCAGAUAGUCUGAUAUUUUUAUUCCACAGCGGCACACGACAUUUAGGAAAGCAAAUUGGUUUUAUGGUGCAUAUUAAUGAGGCUUGAUUUUUUUCCAUGCCACCAUUUUGAACUUGAAAUUGUGAGUGUGAAUGAAAAGCUCAACCCAGACACCGAAAUCUUUAUAAACAAAUAACAAAUCUAAUGCGAGGAGGCAGAGUUGGAGUCAAAGGACUAGCUCGACAUUUUGGAGAAAUAUGUUACUUGCUUCCUUUGCUGAGAGUUAUGUGAGAGGAUCAACAACAAUCUUGUGUGUGUACGCUAAAUAGGAAGCUACAGCCACCAGCCAGUUAGCUUAGCUUAGCAUUAAGACUGGAAAUAGAGGGAAACAGUUUGCUUGGCUCUGUGAAAAGGAAACAAAAUUCACCCACUGGCACCCUUAAAGCUCACUAAUUAGCACAUUAUAUCCUGUUUGUUUAAUCCAUAUUUAUUUCAAUUCCGCCACUGUUGAACUAGUCCUCUAAACAAGUUGGAUUUAAAAGAAAAAGAAAUAUUGUAUUAUUUUACUACUAGAGGGAUUAACUAAAGUCAGUGAAACAGCUGACAUGCAUGAAAUUUACUUUAAUUACUGCAAGUACAAAGAUAUAAUUAAUCAUUGGACUCCUGUGUGUUUCUGUUACGUCUCCCUGUCUCUUUGCAUCACCACGUCCCUUUGCUUUUCCCAACUUGUCGUCCCUCUGCCUUUUCACCGAGUGUUUUUCUCAGGAUUGGAGGAGGUGUUGUUGGUGAUCCAGAGUCAGAGAAACUCCCACCACGCUCGUCAAGGUGUUCAGACGAAGGUGGAGAUUCUGCAGCAGGCCGAUGAACUUGGACAGGGAGUUCCAGUUGUUGUUCUUCUCCAUGAGCUGUCAGAGUAUGAAGGGGUUUGGAGUAUCCUCUCUGCGCUUCCUCUUCUCUCUGCCACUUAUGGCCAGUCAGCAUCCUGGUUUUUCUUCAUAGAGGAGGAAACCAGAGUCUCACUGGCUGCUCUGCUGCAGGUCCUCCACAGAUAUCAAGUCCACGAGGAAUGGUUUUUGGGAAAGCGUCUCCAUGACAACGAGGCCUCCAUCAUCCACCAUUACGCCUUCUCUGAAGACCCCAGUUCCUUUGGUUACCCUGACCCUGCAGCUGGCUGGGCUCUCAGUGCGCCGCUGCUCCAGAGACUCGCUGAGCGGAUCCAACAUGAGCAUCUGAAGUCAGAUUUUACCAUUGACUUGAAACAUGAGAUUGCUUUGUAUAUUUGGGAAGAUGGAAAUGGUCCAAAGCUGACAGCAGUUCCAGAGUUUUGUACAGAGCCAAGAGACAACUGUGCUACCACAUUUACAACCUACCUGCCCGACUGUGGAGAUCCGGUCUCAAAGAAAGACGUAUUUGUUGCCGUGAAAACUUGUAAAAAAUUCCACUCGGAGCGAGUGCCAGUGGUGAAGGCAACCUGGGAGAAAGACGCUGGGUUUUUGGAGUAUUACAGCGACGUCACUGAUGCCUCCAUACCCACAAUCAGUCUGGGAGUGCCCAAUACUGAGAGAGGGCAUUGUGGGAAGACAUUUGCCAUCUUGAGGCGGUUCCUGAGUAAAGCUGUGCCAGAGGCUGAUUGGCUUCUCAUUGUUGAUGAUGAUACACUCAUCAGUUUACCCAGGUUGCGACAACUGCUGCGUUGCUAUGACCCAAAGGAAGCAGUGAGCCUAGGGGAGAGAUACGGCUACAGCUUGGUUCGGAACGGCUACAGCUACACCACAGGAGGAGGAGGGAUGGUGCUCAGUAGGGUGGCAGUGUCCAAGCUAGUUACCAGUGGUUGUAGGUGCUACAGUGAUGAUGCUCCUGAUGACAUGGUGCUGGGCAGGUGCUUCACUUCCCUGGGUGUCCCCAUAACCCACAGUCCACUGUUCCACCAGGCCCGACCAGAUGACUACUCCGAGACAUUGAUCUCCUUGCAGCAGGCCAUCUCCUUCCACAAGCACUGGAACUUAGAUCCCGUGGCUGUCUACAAACACUGGCUGCAGGACACACACCCACGAGAUGAACUGUAGGAACACUGUGCGUAUACAGUUUGUGUAUAACAUACUGUAGACAAACACUGAAUACAAAUUUGCACAACAGCGCAGGCCUAACGAUGAGCAGAGACACAGCCACCGCGGAGGUGGCUGCAAUGUGCAGAGCGACCUGGAAAACAUGCCCUGAAGCAUAAAUCUUACAAGACUUGAUGCCUACAUUAAUCACCAUUUUGUGAUACCGCCAUUAAAUUAGAUGACCGUGCUUUAUGCGAAAUGGGUCGCAGAGAAUCAUCACCCAGGCAUAGACGCAUUUUGCUCAUCAUCUUGGUUUAAUAGCCUGCACACUGACUGCAUGAUUGAGUCAGAGAAAAAACAGGCUCUGUUAAAAAGCACCUACCUGAGUGUCACUGCUGUCACUUUACCCCCAAACUAAAUGAACCAAGAUGUUCAGUAUAUUUAAGAAAGGUUAUGUUUAUGUAUUUGUCAUCAUUCUAAUCCGUUUCACAAACGUGCCGUUGAAAACGUGAAUGAUCAGUGUUGUGUUGAUAAAGAGACACCCAGUGUUUAUUUUAUUUCAUUUAUUUAACCAGGUAAGUCCUUUUGAGGUUGGAAACCUCCUCCGCAAAGGAGACCUGGCCAUGACACCGACAUAAAAAGAACGAGAAUAGGCAAUCAGAAUCAGGCAACCGCUAAAAUGAAAUACUAAAAAAACACUUUACAAUACUAAAUAGGGCUAAAAUAAGCCAAUAAUCUUGAUUUCAGUCACUGAAAUCAGAUUCCUCAGUUUAAGUUUGAUUUUAACUGACAGCUGACAUAAUAACAUGAACAUAAUGCAUUUACUUCAGUUAUCCUUUUUUUUGUAUUUUGUGUUCAAAUACAGAAUAGUUUGACAUUUCUUGAGAUAUUCUUAUUUUUCCACUUGUGAAUAAGCGUAUUUCACAAAAUUGUCAAACUGAUCCUUUACGUUCUUUUCUUUGUUCAUUUUCUCCUUUUUAUUUGUAUCUCUGAAAAAAAAACUGCUGAAAUGUUUUCACAUGGAAUACAGAUGUGUGAAUGAGUCUCUUAAGGGAGGAAUUUUCAAUAGAAUUUUUUAGAAUUUUAUCUUUUGAUCUGUGAAGAGAAAAUCAGUGUAUGUGAAUCAGUUAGUGUGGAUAUGUGUGGAUGGGUGUAAGAGUAUAUUACAACCACAGCUGGCAUGCCUGGAUUAAAAUGCCAUUUUACCACUGUUUUUGAGAAUAUAUAAAGGUUUGUGUGCGGUUGCUUAAAACCUGUUAUUUCUUAAAAUUAAAU